GGUAGGGUUGGAAAGAAUAGUGAUGUCACUGUGAGGAGGAAGUUUUUCUUCACAAGUUGACAACUUAACAUAUAUAUCUGUGCUUCAUUCCACAUACAGCUGCUUUAGGAAUACAGGAAUUAGGAAUACCUUAUCGGAAGACAAGAGGGAUACGACCAUAAGUUAAUCUGAACAAGCAACAAACGGAGAGGAAAUGACAGCCGGGAACUGAGCGAAGAGACAGACAAGAGAGAGACGAACCUGUAAAUGGAUCAUCUUGAAGAUGCUGAACCCACACUGUAUUACACACCUCCACCCCCUUCAUACGUCGAAGCCAGUCAGUGUCCAGCUUACGUAGCAGGAACACCGCAUCCUUUAACACCACCACCCAGUUAUGUGGAAGCAGUGGGAGAACCAAAUGGCAUUCCUUUAUACCCCUACCCCAUUCUCAACAUCCCAAACCACAUCACAGAAGUCCACCAAACACAGCCAGUGUUUGUGGAACAGGCGAUACGCUCUGCACCCCCUCAGGUGCUGGUAGUGACGCAGCAGGAGGUUCGGCGUCGGUUGGGUGACGGGCCCACUGUAACUACUUGCCCGUUCUGUCAACACCGUAUCAACACUGUUGUGAGCUACAAACCGGGGGCUGCAGCAUGGGGAGUGUGCUGUCUGCUCACUCUGCUCGGGUUCGUCUGUGGAGUUUGCCUUAUCCCAUUUUGUAUUACAGCACUGCACGAUGUCCAUCAUAGCUGUCCACUCUGCAACAAACACAUAGGGAUACACGUUCGCUGAGAAAGACUGAACACGAUAAUAAAAUCCACAGACAGUGAAUUAAUCAGUCCCAGCCUCAAUAAAAAAAUCAGGCAGACAGAAUAGAGAGAAUAACAGGCACAGGCUUUUAUUAAAUAAUGUUCUGGAGAUGA